CUGAGGUCGCCUUUUGCUGCGGAGACCCGGCAAGGAUGGCCGCUAAAGGUUCAACACCAAGGACACCUGCAUUAUCAGUCAGUGCAAGAAAAAUAAAAGAUAAUGUAGCAGACUGGCAUAAUUUAAUGAUGAAGUGGGAGACCCUGAAUGAUAAUGGAUUUACUACUGCUACCAAAAUCGUGAACAUCAAAAUUGCCAAAGAGUUUAAAGACCGCAAGUUGGAAAUAGAAUAUGAUAACAUUGCCUCCGAGCCUGGAAGACUGUCACUUGACCACAAUGUUGAAUUGGAAGAGUGUUGUACAGAAUUACUUGGGAUCUUCAAAAAUAUGGCAAAAAUACAUCAGAAAAUGGAAAAACUGUGUUCAACAACUAAAGGGAUCUGUGACUUAGAAACCUACCAUCAUGGAGAACAUAAGACACCAUUCUUCCACACAUGGCCUACUCCCUAUUUCUAUGAAGUUUCUGUCAAGCUCUUAGACAUGUACUCAAAGGAACUAAAACUUAAGCAAACCAUUGUGCAAGAGAUUGCUCAUACUACUGACCAAGAUCUCAUGAUGGUUUAUUUAUCAUCAUGGUUGUAUCAACCCUAUAUUGAGGAUACCAACAAAGUACUGCUAGAAAGUAUGUUGUUGGAAACGGGACACAGAUUGGUCUAAACUCUCUCAUUGCUUGAAUUCAUCUUUAUCAACCUGAAGUCUGCCAUUAAAACACUUGGAUGGAACUGAAGUAGCAGAAAUGACAGUGUUACUACAUGUUGACUAUUUAUACAUAUAUAUUUUUGUAUUUACUGACAGCUUUGUUGAAUUUUUUUUAAGUGUA